GAGAUCUUCAAUCGGGAACCGGAAAUUCUGCUUCGACUAGUGCAAACAAGCCUCAAGGUGGAAUUGUGACGAAGGCGUCGAAGCCAGCCGCCACCCGUGUGGAACAACCUCCUAGUGUGCAACAACCUACUGUGCAACAACCAGGAACAACUACCGAAGCAGCGACACCUAUAACGACUACUCCUGCGAGCGCUCUUGUUGUGCCUCCAAGCCUACCAACACCAGCUGCAUCUCCCAAAGAAUCGAAGGUACUAGAUUCCCUGAAAGACAUCGUUCGUCCUGCCUCUUUCCAGCACUGGUCUAGUCGCGACGCUAGCACUCUCGAAGGUGGGUCUCAACCUUCUCGAAGAGCAAGCAUGGAACAACGUGCCAGUGAAGUCUUGAGUAGUAGUCGGCGGACAGCAAGCCUCUCGAACUCGGAGCAACAGCGGAAAUCAAGCAGAGAGCAAUCAGAUGCAACGGACAUGACAGAAGACAAGUGGCGUCCUCAGGAUUAUGGCUAUCAUGUUGUAUAACUCAUUACUAUGUAUACAACCUGCUUCUUGUUGUAUUGUUUAAUGCCACGAUCUUGUUCUAGCCAUGACCAUGAGCCUUGUUUUCCCAACAAAAUCAAUUUCCCUUUCAUCCACGCCCGCUUCGUCUAAUCCUCCCAGAACAAAGACGCACCCCCGACUCGAUUAUCAAUGCCAGCGCGAACUGAAACACUUGAGGAGAUGGUGGCAGACCGAGCUCAUCGAAGGGAGCGAGCUAAGGAUUCUUCGAAUAUACACCCAUUACUAGCGAAGUACAUCGAGGAUUUGCGAACUGCAGCUGGUGGGAGGAGAGAGCGGAGUAUUCUUAUGAAGUGGUAAUGUGUCUCAACAAAACAUCCCUCUGUCUUUGUCCUCACUACACAUCGUCAUCUUCCUUGAACGCCCUCUUCUACGUCCAUGCGAGUCAAACAAGAUACCUUACGAAUCCUCAACAAUUUCUGCUCCUCUAAUCAACCCGGCGUCGCUCAAGAGGCGCACCAGCAUGAUAUGCUUUUGUUGUCGAGGGCCUCAACAAGCAGUCGCGAGUCGAGACGGAUGUCCCGAGUGAGCAACCGAGGUGCAGGACGUAGAGCUCCAGCGCCCACUUUGAGCGCUAGCAUGUUAAGGAUCGAAGUACUUCUUUUAGUUUAAGUUUUCCAAGCACAGUAGUCUGAAAUUGUUGAUGGAACAGUCCACGACGCGAGAACAAGGUGGACGAUUUGCAGCUAGGGUAAUCAAAAGCCUCUAUGUCUAAGCCUAAGCGGAGGUGCGUCGAUUAUAAGCGCUCACACGAGCAAGUCCAGCAGACAGGAUAUGUACUCUCUCGGCGCCGCAAGGGGGAGAUUGCACGUGAAUAGCGAUUUGACGGCGCAAGCACUUAAGAUUUUUUUUGAUUUUUUUUCCCAAAUCGUCACGACUUUCUUCGUCUACUUCUUGUGUGGUCUUCUUCUAAUGAGAAAAGGUCGCCACGUGACCAGCACCAGGACACGAAUACUUCUAGUGCAGCCCACGACAAGGGUAGAGCAGUAGAUGAAAAUACGAACGAGAUUGCAUCUGCUUCGGGUCUUACUUCGUCUCAACAGAAUGCAAAUACUACAUCUUCGCACAGUGGAGUAGUUGCAGUAGAAGGUAGUUCUUCUAUGGUCAGCAUCACUGCCUCGACGUCAUCCGACGCAACUUCUAGUCGUCCGCAAACAAGUAGCGGCAAGAAUGUACCCGCACAGCUAACAGAAUUGACCAUCAAAACUCCGUCUUCCUCUACUCCGUCUCCUACUCUGCAUGAAAGAGUGUUACAAGAACAAGACAAAACUACUGCUGGUGGUGCUGCUGCGUCGAUGUCGUUGACAAACAAGAUCAGGAGCAAAGGUAAAUCUUCAAACGGAACCAGUCCGAAAGGAGAGAGGAAAAAGCAUGAAGGGGGCAGUUGUUCUUCGAGUAAGAAUAGAUCUGAGCAGUCCAGCAAAAAUCGUUCCGAAUCUAGCAAGAAUCGACCGGAACAAUUACAGAACAAGGAUCAGUCUGGAGCUGCUGUGGGUGGAGCAUCUUCUUCAUUCUCCUCCGCUGCAAACGCAGGUCCGGAACCGGAUUCCCCGUCUUCCUCCUUACAAGUCGCGGCGCGUUCUCCUUCGGGCUUUGGCGCAGCAGCGAAGAUUCAUAGUAUCGUGGCUAAAGAACACUUUAUGGAAGACCGUUUUUCUCCGCCAGUCCCUUCCUUUGAAAUGGAACGACAUGUUAGUGUGGCCGAGCAAGGUGAACGCCGCAGUGUUAGAAGCUGGACCAGCGAUGGUGUCGAAGUCAGGGUGCUGUUGGAGAAUGGUAUUUAUUGAACACAUUAUACGGCUGCCUCUGAGUAAGUUUUGCUUCACCAACGGCCAGUAAGGGUCAUCUUUGAAUCUGACCAAGAACAAUCCUUAUUCAGGUGGCGAAAGCGGUCGAUCGAGUGGAAAAGCCUCGCGUCAAGUUUCAGGCGAAGUUUCAGGUGGUACAAGAUUGUGCUCGUUCAAAAAUGUCCUUGCUUAUAAUGUUCAUCACUGCACAAGAAAGAACUACAACUAAUUUGUAUUUUAUAGCAGAGUAGUUUAUAGCACGCAUGGUGCAUGGAGUAGCAUGGAGUGCAUGGAGCGCAGAGCUUUAAGGGGCGCAAGAAGCUCCCGCUUUAGCUCCAUGCUACUCCAUGUGAUCCAUGCACUCCAUGCCAUGCGAGCUGUGAAACCUUAUAAAUUGCUCGGUUAUAGAUACUGUACUUGUUCGAUCAGGUGCAGCAUCGCCGGUUGGCGCAACUGUCUCCACACGUUCACGAAAGAUUCUACGCGACGCAGAGACAAGCCAGAAGUUACAUGCCGCUCUCAGAGCAGCUGAGCCGCGAAUUCAGGCGUCCGGAAAAGAUGGGCCUUUGCUUAUGGCUGCUAGUAGCAUCAUCGUCCAUCCUGGCGCGUCGCUAGAAUUUUUGAUAGAAGCACCAUAAGUCCAACUUCUGGCUCUAAUCUCCGAGACGACAACAGCAACAGCAUAGCCUUGAUGCCUUCUCGGGAAACGAGCAAAGAAGAUUUAGAAGCCCUACGUAUGGUCAGGGGACCAGCUCGAGCAGUAGCUCAGUCCCGCUCCGAACAGAGUAAACCGGAAUCGCCAUCCAGUGAGAAAGAAGUGAAGAUUAUGAAGACUAGCUUUUUCAGUUUUUUCUACUUUUGACAAAUCCCAUGAAACCUAGCAGUAUCAAAGUACUUACUAACUUGCUAGUCCUAGUCUCACUGCAAAACUAGGAUCAUUGUAGCGUCGUUUCACAGCCGCUUUCUAACACAAGAGAUCGUCGUCCAAUCGAGCGCAUCCGCAAGAAUCGCGAUUAUCGAGAAGCUAUUCGCAAAUGGCGCGUUACGUUGGAGACAGCCGAAUUGGGCUUUCAACCGCCUGAUGCAACACUGGUGGCCUCCAGUUCUUCGACACAGGAAGGUGAGCUGAAUUCUGCGAGACAAUUUAUGAAAUGAGUAUCAUUCACUGUCGUGGUAGACGUUGUGUAUCGGACUUUGGUUUGAUAGUGAUGUAGUGUUGGUAGUGAUGUAGUGUUGGGAGCAUCACUUCGUUUGUUGCACGUUAUACCCCAUGAAUGGGUACACUACUACUUCUACUCCUACCACUAACACAAACAAGCCUCCGAUCAACAACACUCCGGUUGCGUCGUUCUUCGGCGGUGAUGCCGCUUCCUCGAGUACCUCCACCUUUCGUGAUAAACCGAAGAAAACAACGCGAGAUCGAGAUAAGAACGGCAAUGGCGGGAAACACGAAAAACGAAGUGCAAAGGGCAGUAGCAGCAGUGGCGCUAAGAGAGGAUCCUCGACGAGUAGAGGAGCGGGUGAAUUUGAGGAUUCUAUUGACCAACAGCAGCGAGAGAGGAACGGACUUGACCACCAUGGUGGUGACCAGACGACUGCUGGUGCUGGUGAGUCGACAGCUUCCACUGCCCGUGGCACAACCUAUCGCAGUAGCAAGGACAAGGCGCGCACGACGGUUCGUCGUGCAGCCACGGUUGAGACGGAUGUGGUAACGCAGAAGGAGGAACUACUCGCUUUGUGUAAUGAGAUGGGGCUUGUGCUAGUUGCGAAGGAUCAGCAGCAGGGCUCCUCUAAGUCGAGUAGCAGAAUCUUCGAGCAAGCAGGGUCUGGCGCUGAUCCGACAGCGUCGUCUUCAACCAGCCGAGGCCAAGAUGCGAAGCAGGAUAAGCGCAGUGGAUCACACAUGAUUAUGAAGAUCCGAGGAACAAGCUUCAACAAUGAGGAUGCUGCCAGUAACGUGGGUUCCGUGAAAAGUGGUAGGAGCGACCUAUCCGAUGGCAUCACCCACAAAGACGCACAGCGCUUCCUCAAGCAUUUUGCCAAGAAUCUGCGGAAACACUCGAAGACGCUUCAACUGGACGCGGAGAUGGCAGGAGAACCAGGAGGUAGUAGGUCGUCGUUUAGUGGACCUGGUGCGCCUGGUGGGAAGGAGGAGAAGUAGUGGCAGAUGGGCAAUGUCUGGGGAACUCAUGUGGGAGUAGAUCUAGGAGGGCUACCGGAAAAAAGUGUAUGUAGUACCAUGUAGUCGCUGGACGACUUUGUAAUCAAGAGCAGGUCGCUAAUCAAGAGGACGUCGCGAAAAAAGGAACUCAUUUAUAGCAGAGUACGCUACCGGGAGUAUGAUAGAGACCGCUACCUGGAACUUCUGUGGAAUUCAGUGACUUGCAACAGGAUUUUAUUGGAUUUGAAUGCGGUGGUGACUAGGAGUAGCAUCACUAAGUGUCCUUUUCCCUCAGUUUUCCCUGCAUUAUAUUUUUCAAUCAAACGAUAUCGGUAGGUAUCGCGCCGGGAGUACUAUCAUUAAGACUUACUUUUAUUCAUCUUAAGAGGCAUCUUUGAUCCCUUUUUCAAGAGGGAACUGCGUCAAAGAUGCUUUCCAAGAUGAAUACAAGUAAGGUCUAAUAUCACUGAAUUCCACAGAAGUUCCCGUAGAAAGUAUCUUGAAUAGGUGUGCAGGUAUACAAAUUCAAACGGUCUACAGAGAGGGAAAGCAACCGAGCACCUACUCUUGCCGAACGUCGUCUGCAUGGCAGAGCGCAAAGUUAGUGGAAUACGAUAGUCCUAGCCCUAGUCGUGUCCUGUGCAAUACCUCUGGUUAUUAGUCAUUUUCCCUUCUUCCAAUCGCGAAUCAGUGAAAGUAUCCAUAAGUAUAGUAAAAUGAAACGGACAGAAUUAAAUAUCCUUCCCUUCUCAUAUCCACCGAAUCAGGUAUCACCGCAGGGUGACGCAAUUGCUCUGUUCGCUGUCUUGCGCAGAUACCGUCAGACGCAAGAACAGCCAAAGGUAUUUGUAAUGCCAAUGAACAUUACAGAUUUUCCCUUGCAAGUAGUUCCAUUAACAUAGUGAUGUGCACUAGUAGUAUUACUACCUUGGUAUGGAGAUACACUCCGUGAAUUGGGGCAUACACCUGUAGAGCAUCAACAUUGGUUACGACAGUAGAGUAAGCGGAAUAAACGUAUGGUACUGCAUAUCUUCUUCACAGCUAGAGGACUACGCAAUGCAAUAGGUAUGUGCGAACAACUGAUGCAUUUGCGAGGCUGAGCGAGUUCGAUUGUGUCUUCGCAGGAAUGAAUGCGCAUGACACAGAGCAUCACAAUUUUUUUCAUCGAGUAUGUCGAACUGGUUCAUCAGUGUUCUCAUUCCAAGGCUUUUCCGCAUUGAAACGAGUGUCCAACUCGAGUCCGAAAUCAUUCUCGACGAAUUAGAAUUUCUAGAAU